CCGUGAACUCCACGUGUAGAUCAAAAGUUGAUCUAUCCGGAAUAUACCCGCCCCAGAUUUAAGGUGUGGCUUCUGGAGGCUCUGGCAUUGACAGUCGCUGUGACAUGGAUCAUCAACGCUAGUCUGAGGACCCUGCUUAUUCACCAACCUCAUUGCAUAUCUGCACCUCAGCCAUUUUCGAGUCAGGUGUCAUCCAUAUUGGUAUCACUCGAUGACCGUAAUCCAAUAUUAUGAUGCAAACCACCACCAGGCAGCAAUCAGAGGUUUGGGCAGAGCCAGAUUAGAAUUACCAAGGUAGUCAUGGAUGCAUUCCUAUCGAGGAGUAAGCGAAAACGCUCUCCUUUCCCAGAGAACAAUCCCACGAGGUCCACCAAGGUUCCGACGUGCGAAACUACAACUCCCCAUGAAGUCACAUCUCCAUUUUCCCCGGACGAUGAAUCAACCGAUUUCAAACUCGCACUUCUCUCCUCUCUCCAUCCCUCUCAUGACCAACAACUACUCCUCGACGUCCUUCUCUCUAACGAAGGCUCUGUAGACCUCGCAUCCGCCUCAUUAUCCUCCCCUCCAUCACCACCACCGAAAAAGAAAUCCUCUGCCACAGGCUACCAAAGUUCUCUCUCCAGCUUCGUGAAACCCCCUGACCAUCCCGAGCCAUUCGGAAAAAAGCUCUUAUCCAAAAGAGGCAAAACACUACAUCUCUACUCCUCAGAAGACGUAGAACAACACACCCCCUGUACCAUAAUCCACAACUUCCUCCCCACACAAGAAGCCAAUGAGCUACUCAAAGAAUUAUUGGUCGAAGCAUCGACAUUUGAAAGAAUGACAUUCAAGUUGUUUGAGAAUGUAGUGCAGAGUCCUCACACAGCCUGCUUCUACGUCGAAGGACUGGAAAGGGAACGAGAGCAAAAGACGGAGUAUAUCUACAACGGUGGACGUUUGACCGUACAUCUCAUCCCGAUUCUUCAUAUGAAAUUCCAGCUGACAUAUUUCAUAGGACGUCCGACAACUCACCCCCACCAUGCAAAAAGUCUCCUCAAAAGUCCAAGAAGCAGUCAACACCGCCAUCCAAACCCGCAUCCAAACACACUACCCCAACGCCCAAAAACUGCACCACCAAUCUCCACACCCAUGGAAACCCAACGCGGCAGUGGUAAACUGCUACUCAGGAGCCGCCGAAAGCGUCGGCUGGCACAGCGAUCAAUUCACAUACCUCGGUCCCCGACCCGUCAUCGGAUCCGUCUCAUUGGGUGUAGCGAGAGAAUUCCGGGUUCGUCGAAUAAUACCUCAGGACGAGGACACACACUCAAACCCUAAACCAGAAACGGGAGAAAGUAUAAGAAAAACAAAAGAAGAUUCCGACGCCGAAGGACAAAUCUCCAUCCACCUCCCACACAACAGUCUCUUGGUAAUGCACGCCGAAAUGCAAGAAUCCUGGAAACACUCCAUCGUCCCUGCUCUCACCAUCGAUCCGCACCCCAUCUCAGGGAACAAACGUAUCAACGUUACCUAUCGCGACUACAAAGCCUCGUUACACCCGCGCUACACGCCGAGAUGUAGAUGUGGUGUUCCGUGUAUAUUGAGGGUCGUGCAGAGGAAGAAGGAGAAUUGGGGGAGGUACUUUUGGAUGUGUUAUGUGGGGAACGUUCCGGGGAAGGAGGGCUGUAGGAUCUUUGUGUGGGCGGAGUUUGAUGGGGAUGGGGAGCCGGUUUGGAGGUAG